AUGGAAAACGACAAAGCACACAUGGAGAGGGAGUUGCCCCAUCCUCACAUUUAUGUCGAAAGGACUUUGGCUUUGAUUAAACCAGAUGCCGUUGACAAAGAAGAAGAAAUCGAAGACAUUAUAUUGCAAGCAGGAUUUACCAUUGUACAGAAAAGAAAGGUACACCUGAGCCCGGAACAAUGCAGUGACUUCUACGCAGAACAGUACGGCAAACUGUUCUUCCCAAGCUUAACCGCCUUCAUGAGUUCUGGUCCAACCAUUGCUAUGAUCCUUGCCAGAGACAAAGCCAUUGCCCACUGGAAAACACUGAUUGGCCCUCCAAACAGUGCAAAAGCAAAAGAAACACACCCAGACAGUUUACGGGCAAUCUAUGGGACAAGUGAUCUAAGGAAUGCAGUGCAUGGCAGUGACUGCUUUUCUGCAGCAGAGCGGGAUAUAAAGUUUAUGUUCCCUGAUGCUAUUAUUGAACCUAUCCCAGUAGGACAAUCUGCAAAAGAUUACCUUGGAAGAUUUGCAAAUCCUACUCUCUUAGCUGGACUGACAGAACUCUGUAAAAAGAAGCCGUCAGAUCCCUUUACCUGGCUAGCUGAUUGGCUGAUUGAUCAUAAUCCAAAUAAGCCAAUGGUGGAAGACAGAAUGGUGAUUGAAGAAGCUGAUUAAAACAAGAGCACGUGACCACGCUAUUUCAUAGAACCAUCAGUUAAUAAAAAGUUACUGUCAUCACCCCAGCCAUUUAAUAUUUAUUAGGAGAUGCACUUUUGGGGUUUCAGAAACAGGAGCCAGUGAGUGACAUACUCAAUUCAAGAAGAACUUAAUACUGUAAUUUACUGCACACGCGGUUGUACAUACAUUCAGACAUGGAUUAGCUGUACAGGUUAAAGACCUUUUGGGCAUAUUUGUCAACACAAAGCAAAUUGAAUACAUUCCUCAAGACAGUUUUAACUGUGUGGACAAAACUUCACACUUGAACCCUGCUGGUCACCAAGGCAUGUUAUAAGUAUAAUCCACAAGCCCUGUUCUAUGUAAGCAAAACAACAUUUAAAGGAGGUUGCCUUUUAUCCCCUCAUUAUAUCUGUGUA